AUGUGGGAACACGCGGUCUCGCUUCUGGGAGACAUGAAACGCGUGCUGGUGACACCCAACGAUGUCAGCUACAACUCGGCAAUCAGCAGCUGCGCAGAUGUCGGGGAGUGGCGCUUGGCACUGCAGCUCCUGGAACAGCUACCCGGAGAGCUGGUGCGGACUGAUGCCAUUUCCUUCAGCGCUGCCAUCACAUCCUGCGGACAAGCCGGUCAGUGGCAGAGAGCUCUGGUUCUCCUGGCAUCUAUGCUGCAGGCAGCCGUGGAGCCGAAUCAGCUCUGUCUCAGCGCCGGCAUCUUCGCAGCUGCAAACGGGUGCGAAUGGGAGGUCGCCUUGGCCUUGCUACAGAACAUCUUGGAGACCAGGAUGUCGCCGGAUGGAGUCAGCUGGAGUACUGCAAUUUCUGCUUGUGAGAAGAGUAGCCGAUGGCAGCUGGCCUCCUACCUUCUCGUAUCUAUGCCAAAUGCCGACAUAUCACCGGAUGAGUACGGCUUUAACUCGGCCAUUGCGGCCUGUGAGCGCGUCUGCAGGGAGCGUGCGAGCAGCUUCGACUGUUAG